AUGCAACAUGAAGACACACUACAAGUGAUGAGACUAGAUCCCAAACACACUUGUAGCAGGGUAUGGGAAAACAAAAGGGUAAAAUCUUCAUGGUUGGCUCAAACAUUUGUGGAAGAGGUGAAGACAAACCCCACUGUACCAGUGAUGUCCUUGAAGGCAACAAUGCAGAGGAAUAUUAACAGUGGAAUAUCACUGUCCAAGGCUAGGAGGGCAAAGAAUAAAGCUUUGAAAAUCCUAGAAGGACUAGAUGGGCACCAUUUGAAGAGUCCUUAUGGAGGCCAGUUGCUGUCAGCUGUUGGUCUAGAUGCCAAUAAUAUGACAUGGAUGCUGGUGAAGGAUAUUGAGUUGGCAAACCAAUAUGGGUUUACAUUCAUAAGUGAUAAGCAGAAAGGCUUAGUGGAGGCUUUUGAGGAAGUCGUGCCUAAUUGUGAUCAUAGAUUUUGUGCAAGGCACCUAUCUACAAACUUCAGUUUGGUGUUCAAGGGAAAAUUAUUGAAGGAUGCAAUGUGGAGGGCUGCAUUUGCAACCACAGUUCCAAAGUUUAUGAGGGCAAUGGAAUUGUUGAGGACAUUAGAUGGUGAAGCUUAUACAAGGCUAACAGCUCCAGAGAGACCACCAAGACAUUGGUCAAGGUCACAUUUCAACACUAGUUUGAAGUGUCCAAUACUAUUGAACAAUCUAUGUGAGUCUUUUAAUUCCUGGAUCAUGUCAACUAGGUCUAAGCCAAUCAUUUCAAUGAUGGAGGAGAUUAAGGUUAAGUUGAUGAGAAGGAUACAAAUGAGAAGAGAUUUAACGAUGAGAUGGGAGCGUGCAAUAUGUCUCAGGCCCUUAGCAAAGCUUGAAACCAGCAAAAAAACAAGCUGCUGA